ACGGACGGACCAUCAUCACCACGGAAAACGGGAAACGAAACGGAACUAACACAGAUUGUCUCCUCUGGCCUGGAUGUCCUAGCAGACACACACUUUAAUUAAGGAAUCCCUGCAAAAAAAAACAAGAUUUGCGCGCGCGCUUUGUAAAUGAGUGGAACCGUGUGAGCGUGUAACGUGGAUUAAAGUGUGACGAGGAGAAGAGGAAGAGGAAGUGGGAGUUACACACACAUACCGAAUUAGUGAGAUUACAGGAGAUUUCUGAAGUGAUAUCUACACACGCACCUCGCGUACACGCUAAAAUUAAGCGGAUAAGAAAAAAAGAGCUUGAAGUGGGAGAAAGUGAUUGAAGGUGGAGAGUGUUUUGAGAAAUGUGUUGAUUGUUUGGUGAGCUGGAAAGAGGAAGAUCAAUAAAUUAGUCGAUAAUUGGAGCGGAAGCGGGGUUAAGGUUGGAUAAUCUCUGAGUGCACGGAGAGAAAAGGGCGCAGUAAAACACACGCAAAAUGAGUGAAUUUCCGUCGGUUGUUGAGUUGAACGUCGGAGGAUCUCCGUACGCGACCAGUUUGGAGACGCUGCGGUCCGAGGAGGGAUCGUGGCUGUCGGAGGUGUUUGGCGGAUCGCCGGACGACGCGGCCCGGGAUAGCCAGGGUCGGUUCUUCAUCGAUCGGGACGGCGAGCUGUUCCGGUACGUGCUGGAGUACCUGCGGGAACCGGCCAAGUUCAAGAUGCCCGUGGACUUUCCGCAGCGGGUUCGCCUCCGGAAGGAGGCCGAGUUCUUCCGGUUGGGUGGACUGGUCGAGCAGACCACCAAGGAUCCGGGCACGAUCUCGAUCGGCUACCGGGGCAGCUUCCAGUUUGGCCGCGACGGCCUGGCGGACGUCAAGUUCCGGAAGAUCACCCGACUGCUCGUUCACGGCCGGGUUGCCACCUGCCGGGAAGUGUUUGGGGACACGCUGAACGAGAGCCGCGACCCGGACCACGGCGGCCCGGAUCGCUACACGGCACGGUUCUUCCUGAAGCACGUGUUCAUCGAGCAGGCCUUCGACAUGCUGCAGGAGAACGGGUUCCGCUGCGUCGGAAGCUGCGGCUCCGGCACGGCCGGCUCCGUCAACGAGAACCUCAAGCCCGGCGUCGACUCGGAGGAGAACCGCUGGAACCACUACAAUGAGUUCAUCUUUGUGCGCGACUAAGUCGCCAGUCGCCAAGUCGCGGAGAGUUUUUGGAGAGACCAAGGAAAAUGUAGAUAUCAUGUGAUAUACAACUAAAUAGUGAGUUGCGAAUCGACGCGAGCGCGAGAAGGCACAGGUUUAGAAAACAUCCCCCACAAACACUUAAUUCUGUACUGAAAAAAAAAUCGAAAACUUCAUUUUUCCGCCAACCACACAAAACUCGAAAUCAAACGUGACAGCCAUCGAUUCCGGACACAUCUAUCUACUCGUGACGAGGGGGGAAGGGACCUUGUUGAAAAUCAUGACGGGUCGUCGUUGAUGGCGCUUCCGAAUCCGCACACAUCAUCAUUUUCGCUUCCAUCAAACGCGCUGACCACACCAACUUGGUGGGUUGGAUUUCAAGUGGCUUUUGUACCCGCGUCAACUUUAUCGGCGGUGGCCUCGUCGUUGUGGACUGUUGUCCGGUCCAGGGCCGUUCUUUUGGUGAGAUCGUUGCUUGGGCUUGGUGCCUAUAACGUGCGGGAGAUUGAUUGGGCUCUGGACCGGGGACCGCUUGUUGGACGGUGGAUAUGGAGCUGCUAAUUAAGUGAAUUGGUGAGGGUAGUCUGAUGGGGGGAUUCUUCCGGGGGAAGGUCAUUCUGAGCAGUGGGAGAAGUGGCAGGAUGUUACGGUUGAACAUUUUUUCUUCAAAUGACAAAAUAGUUUUGUUGAAUACUUAACACCAAAUAAGUUGGAUUUUUUUUUCAAAUGAAUAGAAUAGUUAAACCUUCUGUCAAAAUUAACACAAUUUUAUCGAAAAUACGUUGUACGAUGAACAACAAUGAAGUUACUAAACGAUUUUCAGCAAGUUUCUAUCGAAAUCGGUAGUUUUCAAUAUUCAGUUUACUGAAUUCGGUAAUAAAAUCUGAGUGUGUAUGCAUUAAAAUCUUGAUUAUUUGAUGUUUAAAGUCUACAAGACUCGUUUAAGCGUGUAUCUGUCAUCCAAGUUCUUUUUGCACUGUAAUCUAAAAUUACUCAACUCUGGUAAAAUGUAACCAGAACCGAGAGUAAAGAAAUCGUACAAGACUCAUGGCUGAUUUUGCACGGUUUCGGUAAAAAUUAGUGAAAAUAACUCUGGAAUGAGUUGUUUCAAAUUUAGCGUGUGUUAUUGUAAACAAAUUGCAACAAAAUAUUGGCAAACUAGACUUUUUAUCGAGACAUCUGAAUGCCGAAAUGAAUCAAUUUUGGCUAAUUUAGCUUUGCCAACGAGACAUCUCGUAAACAUCAUCGAGUUCGUCGUGACUGGAAACUGGGGUUAAAAAUAAUAUAUUUAACAAAAAAAAAAUAUUUCAAUUGAACUUAAACUCAUCUCUGAAAUAAUUCGGUUCUAUUGCAGAAUCUUGAAAAUAUCUCAUUUUUUAGCAUAAUAGCAUGACAUAUUUAAGAGUGUAACUGUCACUGAAUUUUGAUCAAAAUAGUGAUGCAAAAAGCAUCAUCAAGGGAUUCAUUUUUUAUUUUCUCUAAGAGAUAAAUUCAAGAGACAAUUUGUCUUUUCUCAUGCACGAAAUACAAAAAACUCGAAAAAUUAAUUUCUGGAAUAUCGGGCGGAAUUACGAUUUUUAAAUAAAAAAAAACAGCCCAGUCACUACGAUCUAGCAGGAUUCUAGAGCAGAGUUCUUACAGAGCUGGAUAUUCUUACAGCAUUCUAGCAGAAAUGUUCCACCGGGGCAGGAACCUGGCCGACCCAGCUCUGCAAGAAUAUUUUGACUGGGAGGUACAGCUGGAACGUCGCACGCCAAAAAAAAAUGACCUGUCACUUUUCGUAGUUUACCAAUGUUUGUAAACAAAACAAAUAAUUUAAUUUAAGUGGUGAUUGAUGUUCUUUUGGAACUUCAGGAGAGAUUUUCUUUGACGUGUUUUACUUCGUCUUACUUUCAAAGGUGAAAGAUUUUUAUUUAACACGCAGAAAAAUAUUUUGUAGAAUCAGCCUGUACAAGGUUUGAUUCAACAAAUUUUUUGUUGAAUAUAAUCAACGCCGAUUUUGCGUUGAAACAAACCUUGAUUUUCUCAAUUCCACAAAAAUCUAUUGUUGUUUUGAAAAAGUUACUUUGACGUUUAGCGUUGAUUCAACAAAAAUCUUGAUUUUCAAAUCAACAAAACGUUUUGUUGAUUCAAAUAUGCCUUAUUUUUCUGCGUGAAGGAAAAGAAAAAAGUUUUCGUCUUGUCUUGUAAUGAAAAAGACAUUUGACCUUGAAAAUAGGAUGAAGAUUUUUUCAAAUUGUAUUUUAGGAUCCUGGUCAAACCAACACAAUGUUGACAGAUUGAAAUGGCAAAAUUGAGUGCGUACACGCUCAUCCAAAAUUAAAGAAAUUUCGAAAUACUCAUCAAAUGUGUAAUUUUAACUCAUAUUUAACAAAAAUUCGGUCCAAGUUUCAUAAUUCGAAAAUCGGAAAUCGAUUUCACAACGUUUUUACAAUUUUAGCAAAGGUGGCAAUAAUCACGAUUUUGAUAAAUUUCAAGAAAUUUUGCCCAAAACAUGAGGUAAACAUUAGAAUUUUGGAUUGAGAUUCGGUAAAAAAAAGUCUUUCAAAAACAAGUGUCCACAAUAGAUACAGAGCGAAUUGGAAUUAACUACUUGGAACCGAUGACAGUUGUCAAAAGUACGAAACUACGCGCAUGGAAAUCGGUAAACAUUAGGUUUGAGAUACAAACAACAGUUUGGCAACUGAUUUUGUUUUGUUUUACGUUCGAAUAAGUGAUCUACACGAACGAUCAAAAUCACUCAGUUUUCGUUAAACCAAACCUACUCAGAAAUGAGUAAAUGGGUCAUCUGUCAGAUUUGAGUGAGUUUCACUCUGAAUUCUACGAAAAUUUAGUGAAAUUUACCUUGAUCUGAGUGAAAUUCUUUUUUGACGAAAAUUGAGUGAUUUAAAAUGAGAGUGUAGCACUCUGUACAAGAUUGAGUACGAAACCAAGGCAGUAGGAAUGCGUCAUCUUGGUUUGCAUUUGUGUGAGUGCAUGAUCACGUACCACGAAAAAUAAUAACAAAACAAUAAAGGGCCAUAACAGGAAAACCCAAAACAUAAACAAAAUCAACUUCUAUUGAAAUGACAGAGUCAGAAAUACAGAUUUUGACAAUCGCAUGACAACACACUCAAUCGCGAGUACCUUUGGUGGAAAGCCAUUUUAAUUUUCAAAAAAUGAGUUUUUCAAGGCAACUGUCAGUUUUGAGUAAAUAUCACUCAGAAUCAAGAGAAUUUUAUCAAAUUUAGACGUUUCAAUCAAUACGCAAUUCCGAGUUAGUUUAGUCUUAUCGAAUUCUGAAUAAAUUUAAAAAAAUUGAGGGUGUAGAAAAAUCCUUACAGGAGUACCGAUUGAGGAAUCUUCGUUGAGAGUGUUUCAGUGAGCACUCUUUGAGAGAAAACAUUGAAACUUUACGAGUCUUUUUUCCCUCUUCGACGAGACAUAUGUAAAAUGAGAUAUCAAUGAACAAGUUUUGAGAUUUUUGAGUGAAAUUGCAUUCUUCUCAUUACAUUGACUAAUAAAACGUCAGUUAUCACUACAAUGUGGAAUAUGUCGAGUAGACCAAAUUUAGAGUAAAUUACUCGAAGCUGCAAAUCUCCCAAAUUCAAUCCAGGUCACUCCUGCUGGCGAAUCAUUUCGAACCGUAAUUGAAAUAGUGAUUUCUGGUGCUUUGUCACAAAUUUCAUCACGCUGCAAUUGCACCUCACCCCCCUUUAUCAUAACCGUAAAAAUCACGACCUCAUCUGAGCUCAUCUCCCGGCCCCAUUCCUGGGUUGCCACUGGCUUCGAACAGAGAUAAAUAUCAAUUUUCCAACCCCCUCCCGAACCCCACACGGGCGGUUUUAUGUGAGCUUCAAGUCGGUGUCGCUUCAAGCUUUUCCAGGAAUAACGACCAUAAAAUACAGUCCCCAUUUCCAGAAAUUGAGGAAGCUGGCGCUCAUAUCUGGGCCAAUCCCUGCAAUUGAACUUGGGCUGAUAAAAAAAUUGUAACGAAGGCGACGACGGGAGCUGUAAAAAGAUAUUUCGGGAUAUAUUCUUUUUCGUUGAGGGAAGUCCCGUGGGAAAGUCCAAGCGAGCACCAUUAGUCGCUGCUACACGACUUGAAGGCAGUGAAGAAUGGGAUGGACGUUCACGAGUGAGUUCACGCUGAUCAAAAGAAGGGGAGAUUUUACAGAAAAAUUGAAUUUCUGACAGCAGUGCUGCCAACUGGUAAGCGGAAGCUUUAGCUGAUACGCUUCCGUUUGUCACUCCUUUGAGUGAAAAACCGAGGAAUUCUGGAUUCAGCAUUUCUCGGAUUCGUCAUAGAUUGAAAUUUGAGAUUGGUUACAAGAUUUUGAAACUUGAUUUUGAAAAAUGUCAGAUUUUGACUAAACUUGCUGAAUUUAAUCAUGAAAUUGUUUCAACGGCAAUGUUUCCUUACUGAUAUCACUGCUGUCACAUUGACAUCUGUCAAACGUUUGCACGCUAAUGAGACAAGACCAAAUUGUAGGCAUAAACAAAGUGCAACAUGCCCGUAGUUUGCACAAUUGUAGAAGUUUGAUUUGGGUCAAUUGCACUCAUUUUGCGUGGAUUUCAUCCAAAUCUGGCGAACAGCCUCAAAACUCAGUACAGAUUUGGUUAGAUAUUUACGAAUCUGUGUAUUUUCCCACGUGCGUGCACUUUCAAGCUGAUUCAAUCCCGUUUUUGCUGCAUGGGUUGAAAGAGACGUCAAAGUGACAUCUGUCAGAUGCAUGCACGUUUCCGCAAAAUUACUCAAAUUCGAGCAUUGUUUACCCAAAAACAUUUUAAUACAGUUGAAUUCUUCAACUUUCUUCGUUGUGAAUCCAUCAGCGUUGCCAAAUUGUGGGAUUAUUCUAUAAUCUGGAAAUCCACUCUAUGCCGGUUACAUUCCGAGGAACGACACUGUGUGCCGUCUUUCCCGGCCCUGAUGAAUAAUGGAUCCGGGGAAAACUUGACCCAGCAAUGAAAGGCAGCAGAGUUGCCUUCGGGAUGUUGAUACCCAUCCCUUCAGCGUUGGCCUGAAAUUGCCAAAGAAGCACAGCCUGCUAUGGAUGCUGGGAAGAAAAAAAAUCGAUUUUCACGGGAUUCUUCGCCGGAAGACCUUGGAGAAGGACGAACGGAAGAAUAAGGAAUAAAAUAAGGAGAGAGAGAGAGUGAAAAAAGGGGCCGGGACGUGGGUCCAUUUUAUUGCGAAGGGAUGUCCACUCUCAUGGCAUUUCAUUGGUUAUGAUUGAGGUUAGGGGAGGGCGGGUGAAGGAAGUGACUUUCCGGCUCCCCGAAGGGCCAUUCAUUCCCGCACAUUGUGCGGCGCAAUCCAGGGAUAAUUUCGCAUAAUAGAAGUGUCCGAAAUAAUCACGGCUCAGCAGGGGUCUGGAAAACUUUGAUCUGUCAAACUGGUGCGACGUUUUUCUGGCUUGCAACAUUGAAUUUAAAAACUCAUUAAACUUUCAUUUCAAAUGCAAAAUGAGAUCCCUUGGGGC